AUGGAUGACACUGAACUGGAUAAGAUUUCUCGGGAUCCCAGAUUCUCAGGAAAAUUAAGGAAGAAAACUAGGAAGGAAAAGGAGGCUCUCAAAAGCCUUUUUGAGGGUCUUGAAGAGGAAGGAUCUUUUAAAGACAAACGAGGUCGUCCUUGGCCCAGUCGACCGCUCAGAUACGCCAAACAGUUGAUCGAGAAGGAGAAAGAAGGAAAAAAAGAAGAGUCUGAAGAUAGCGAAUCGGAGUCCGACUCAUCGGAUGUUUCAUGUGACGGUUUCUCUGAUUCCACCGACGAGGUGGUGGAAGGGGACCUUGCAGACUUACAAGACGCAGAUUGGCAUGAGUUAGUAAAGGACGCAAAAGAAGUGGAGGACGCAACACACAGGCUAGCUGUUCUCCAUUUUGACUGGGACAACUCCAAUGCUGAGACCAUCUUCUUGGCUUUAGAGUCAUUUUUACCCCCUGGAGCAUGUCUAGAAAGAGUUACAAUAUAUCCCUCAGAGUAUGGAAUGAAAAAAAUGGCAGAAGAAGAGAAGCAUGGGCCGUGUGACAUCUGGGCGGACAAUGAGGACGUGGAAGACGAUGAAGGGAAGGAUCCUAAUCAGAAGUUGCCGACGGACAUGGAUGCUGACGAGAGAAAGGCCUGGAAGUUGACUUCUGUGCGGAUAAGACGGCGUUUGCGACAGUACCAACUGCAACGCCUUAAGUACUUUUAUGCCAUAGCAGAAUUCGAUUCUAAGGAGACGGCAGCUGCGGUCUAUGAGGCCUGUGAUGGUGUUGAGUAUGGUGGCACCGGUAUUCGCUUCGAUCUUCGAUUUGUCCCGAAUGAGUGGUCACACAUGGUGAGUGAAUGCCGUGAGGUCAAUCGGGCUAGAUACAAGCCGCAGAUGUUCGAGAAUUCUGCUCUUCAUUCCACCCGCAUCACCCUUAGCUGGGAUCGUACGCCUGCGGCUCGCACCCAAUGGCUUCGCGAGCAAUUUGAGGCCGAAGCAGAACCUCGUAAACUCUUUUCCGAGGGCAAGGCGAAGGUAAGCUACACUGUAAAGUGGAGGUGGAAACAAUAUAAGUACAUGUAG